AUGGUGAACCGAAGUAGUCCUACUCUGAGUGGAUGGGAAUGUCUCUUUGCCAUCUACACUGCGGGAUGGACUCUCAACGAGUUUGCGGCCAUCAUUGAACACGGCUGGGCCGUCCACUCUCAGACCCUGUGGUCGUUCCUCGACAUCACGUUCAGCUUAAUUUUCAGCUGCUACGUUUUCGCCCGCAUCUACGAUACCCUGAGCUACCAAGGGGUCAUUGCCGACGGAUACGGCGUGCACAUUCUCUGUCUCGCGGCUCCAGUUCUACUCACCCGUCUUGCCUUCACCCUACUGCCGGACAACAUUGUCUUCAUCGCCAUGCACGCUAUGAUGAAGGAUUUUACUCGCCUGACCUUCAUCUCCGUAUGGUGCUUUAUGGGCUUUUUUCUUGCCCUGCAAUGGUUAAUAGGAAGCAACGACACGACCGCUGGUUUCGGGGAUAAAACUGCUUUAACUUGGUAUGAGACGUGCAAAUGGCUCAUAUGGACGUGGUUCGGCCUGGACGGUACUGGCAUUGACCGUUCCAAUGAGUUUCACCCAAUUUUGGGCCCAGCGCUGAUGAUCGCAUUUGCGUUUCUUGGCAACAUACUCUUUCUUACGAUUCUUGUUGCGAUCCUGAGCAAUACGUUCUCAAAGCUCAUCUCCGAUGCACCCGCAGAAAUCCAAUUCCGCCGCGCGGUACUCACAUUUGCAGGUGUGAAGAGCGACUCAAUAUUCGCGUAUCCGCCCCCAUUCAACCUCCUUGCCCUUGCGGCACUACUGCCUCUUAAGUCGGUGCUUAGUUCGUGCUCCUUUCACGAAGUCAAUACUUCACUCAUCCGCGCCCUCAAUGCACCAGCGUUGAUCAUAAUCAGCGUCCUCGAGCGGCGUCGUAUAGCCCACCCGCGUCGCGCACGGUCACAAUCUCUUCUUAAUUGGAGCUUCAGCGGCUUCAACCCACACGGGGACAUUCAAGCAGUCUUCAAAGUGGAACCGCCGCCGAAUGUGGAGCGCGAGUUGGAAGAGUUGGACAACCUGAGCGACGUCGGCUUCGCUGAAAGCGAACUGGGUUCCAGGGUAUCGUGGGACGUCGGCCGGUCAAGAUCGAGACGACGGCCGACUAGGAGGAGACGUCCCGGUAGAAUGGUGUCGCCAAUCAGCGUGGUAUUUCCCUUGCCAAGUGUGCAGCGUGUUGGGACAAAUGAAUUCGAGCCAUUGUCCGGAUCACCUGUGAGGCAGUUGUGA